CAAAACAAAACACCAUCAUACCUAAACAUGAAGAAGUUUCUUUUAUUGUGUUUGUUGGUGUUGAUGGGGAGUGGAAGAAGCCUGGGGUGCUUGGAAGAAGAGAAGAACGCACUCCUCAAGAUUAAGGCCGCCUUCAACCACCCGAAUGGGUCUUCUCUUCCGUAUUGGCGAGGCGGGGACGAUGACUGUUGUGGCUGGGAAGGCGUGGUGUGCGACAACACCACUUCGCGGGUGACUCGACUAUAUCUGAACAAUACACGCGAUUGGGAUUUGCCAUGGAAUUGGGUUAUUGAUGUGUCUUUAUUCCUUCCUCUGGGGGACCUUCAAGUGUUGGAUUUAAGUGGGAAUAUUCUCUCAGAAUUAAACGGAGCGUCAUACCUGAAGAAAUUGAAGAGGCUAUAUCUAUCUUUCAAUAAUCUACAACGAGUCCCCUCAUUGUACAAGCAAACUUCAGUGAAGACCCAAAAUUUGUCUUCCAUUCAGCUUGAAGGUACACGCAAAAUAGAAGACCAUGCCUUGACAUAUAAAGUUUGGUUUUGA